CACACCGCGUCAGCUGUCAGCAGACCGAGUGUCACUUUUGUCCCAUGGAAAUCAAGAAAAUGCUGAACAUGCAGGUUCACCGAGGUUUACAGAAUCCUGUUUCCCCUAACCUGCGGCAUUGACGGACAUUUCCCAAGUGAAACGUUGUGACCACGUUCACUCUUUGAAAUGUGCAUGGGUUCAAAGCUCAACUCCUUGCGCAACACCAAACCCAAGAUGGACGAAAAUCAACAACAACAACAGGAAAGUAAACAGCAUGAAGAAAAACACCAACUCCCUGAGAAGCAGCCGCCGGAGAAACAACUCGUCGGCUCGCCUCGUCAAGAUCGCGAGAAGGGAGACAACAAGAAUCAUUCCCCGCUAGAGGCCGUGAAGGAGGCCCUUCACCAUCUUCGCGUCAUGAAGGACUAUGCCAACCUUGAGGCCAAGGACAAGAUCAAGCGUAUUGCCGAUUGCUUCUGGAGAUCCGAAGAUCAGCGGGAGGAGAUUGCUAACGUCUUUGCGAAGGAAAAGGGACCGGAGCUUGUUGUCAACAUGCUGACUGCCCUCUCCAAGGACGGCCUCUUCAAGAACGACAGCGUCUGGUUCACUGCCUACUAUGUGUACAACACUGCCUGGAAUCUCAGUGACGCCAGUCUACAGUGCGCACAGAGCUUUGGCGAGGCGGGCAUGGUGAAGUUAUGCGCACUCAAUAUCUCCCAUAAGGCGUACAGAGAAAACAUGAAACAAAAGAAUGUAGCCUUCCUGAUCAAGGCGUCCCUCAGCAUCCUCCACAACCUCGCCAAGGCCCCGAGUAAUCGUCACUACUACCGCCAGGAGCAGGUAGAGGCCAAGAUACAGCCCUUCGCCCAAGGGAGCGGCAACAGCGACGACAGCAGCGACGAUGACGACAGCGCCGCCUACCUCAAGGCCAUCACCAUGAUGACGCUGGCUUACAUCCUUGAAGAAGAAGAGGGGAAGGCGGAGGAAGGGGGAACAACGUCAGAGGUCAAAGUCGGUAAAGAAAAUGAAGACACUGUCAAGAUGACCACGGAAAAGUCAACCAUCGAGUACAUCAUCGGUCUCUUGAAGGAAGCCCAACAGAGUAAAGACAGAAGGAGUCAAGGUCUGUCCUGCGCUGAACUGGCUCAGGGUCUGGGCCGGCUAGCAGUGAAUGACCACAACAAGACCAGGAUCCUGCAAGCUGGCGCUCUCCCUCUCCUGACCUCCAUGCUUCAGCAAGAGAGUCUGGAAGAGCAAGAAGCUGCGACGCAAGCCGUCUGGAACCUCGCCUUCGACAGCGCCGUCCGGCAACAGCUCGCCAAGGACAAGGCGUGCCUGGAGGCGUUGCAGACGCUAACGCAGAGCAAGGAACAGUCUAUCAGGACCGCUGCUAAAGGAGCACUGUGGGUCGGACAGAAGCAGAACGGGGUGCCAAGGAUAAGUACGUCUGCCACUAACACGGCGGCUGAAUACACAACCGUAACAAACUCGACUGUCACAAACUCGACCGUCACAAACUCGACCGUCACAAACUCGACCGUCACAAACUCUGUAGCAUCAAAAGCUCCAAGCAGGAGUUGGUCCAGGGGAAGCAGUGCCAGUAGUAGCCACUUACCACACAUCAUGAUCAGCUAUCAAUGGUCUGCCCAGAAGGUUGUUCUUCGAGUACGAGACCUGCUGGUGAAUGCCGGUUAUCGUGUUUGGGUUGACGUCGACUGUAUGUAUGGUUCGACCCUCCAAGCGAUGGCCGAAGCAGUGGAGAACGCUGAAGUGAUGCUAAUGUGUAUUUCUGAACGCUAUAAAGAGAGCCCCAACUGUCGCACAGAGGCGGAGUAUGCCUACCAGCGUCGUAAGACCAUCAUUCCCUUGAUGAUGGAUAAACAUUACCAGCCCAACGGAUGGUUAGGGAUGAUCCUUGGAACCAAGUACUACAUUGACUUCUCAGGCCGCCACAUCUUCUCCGAGCAGUCGCAUAAACUCCUGCGAGAGGUUUGCGACAUUGGGAGUGCUGCAUUGCUGGAAGAUCCGGUGUUUGAUUUUGAAGACUCGCUAACGAAGAUUGAAAGCCCUCGCAACCACGUCACCAUGAGUCCUAGACCACAGAACCUGAUGAGUCCACGACGCCAGGUGGGGAGCCCAAGACAUCACGUGUCGACCCCUAGACAUCAGAUGCCUAGUCCCUUACCUGAGUCACCGAGUCCCACCCAGCCGGCCCACGUCAGGGAAUGGAGCAUGGAGAACGUACAGCAGUGGCUGGACCACGUCAAACUAUCACACUUGAAGCAUUCAAUGAAGGAUUUCGACGGCUCGUUACUCGCCCAGCUCCACUCCAUGCGACAGGAAGCUCCCGAGUUCUUCUACACCUCGCUCCGUCAGGAUCUCAACAUUCAGAGUCUGGUAGACAUUCUGAAGCUUACUGAAGCCAUGGACAAAGUCUUAUGACGGAACACUCCAAGGAAAGUCAAUUGAAGGUGCUCUGUAGAAAAAAAAGAAACAAUAAUCAAGCAACUUUAGACGGCUUCAGAGUCAGAUAGACAUUCUGAAGCUUACUGAAGCCAUGGACAAAGUCUUAUGACAGAACACUCCAAGGAAAGUAAAAUGAAAAGAAAUAACCUAGCAACUUUAGAGUCUUGUAGAGAUUCUGAAGCCAUGGACAAAGUCUGACGGGACACUCCAAGGAAAGUCACUUGAAGGUGCUCUGUAGACAAAAAACCGAAAAACUUCAGCAACUUUAGACAGCUUCAGAGUCUGGUAGACAUUCUGAAGCUUUCUGAAGCCAUGGACAAAGUCUUAUGACGGGACACGCCGAGGAAAGUCAGUUGAAGUUGCUCUGAGGGAACAUGGCAUGGGGAGUUGUGUUCUAUUAUUGGAUUCCAUAUUCUGGCCAUGCUGUCUUGGACUUGAUGGCCACCAUAUGCCCCAUUUGGAAACCACGGCUUCAGCUUAUAUCAAAGCGAGGACGUUUUUGGGCAAAAUAGUCUGGUUUCUCUUUGUGAUCUGAUUACUUGUAUCUGUUACUGUUGUUGCAAUACAAUGAAUAUGACAAACAUUUUAGGACAUAGAAACACCUUGCCUGAACAAGGUGUACACAGUAUGUCCUAUUAAAACGUAACUUAUUUGAUUUUGGUAAACCAAGCCACCCAAAUCCUACUUAAUACCCCAAUAUGCAAUCAAAGUAACCCACCUUUCUUUUCAAAAAGCAAAAAAAUCUAGACAGUUUUAGGGUGGCACGGUUGGCUUGUGUGUAAAG